UUUGUCGACCGCUCUGAAAUUAAGGGACGCUAUUUCGCGCUUUUUCAUUUAUUUUUAUUGUAAUUUCGUUCUAGUUUUAGCUCGAUUAUAAGUAAAAUCUAUCGCCCAACAUUAAGAAUAGCCCUUGAUUGAAGCUCGGCUCAUAAAUCGAGUUAUUUUUGUAGAAAAUGUCAGGGAUAGCAAGUGCACGUUUAGCUGAAGAACGGAAAGCUUGGCGUAAGGACCAUCCCUUUGGUUUUGUCGCGAGGCCUAUGAAGAAUCCAGAUGGUUCAUUGAAUUUAAUGACUUGGGAAUGUGCGAUACCUGGUAAAAAGGGGACUCCAUGGGAAGGUGGGCUGUAUAAACUACGUAUGAUCUUCAAAGAUGAUUAUCCAUCAAGUCCUCCAAAAUGCAAAUUUGAACCACCACUGUUCCACCCCAAUGUGUAUCCAUCAGGUACGGUGUGCUUGUCACUGCUUGAUGAAGAAAAAGAUUGGCGUCCAGCAAUCACAAUAAAGCAAAUUUUGUUGGGUAUUCAAGAUCUUCUCAAUGAGCCUAACGUAAAAGAUCCAGCGCAAGCUGAAGCCUACACAAUUUAUUGUCAAAAUCGGCUAGAGUAUGACAAGCGAGUAAGAGCGCAGGCACGUGCAAUGGCUGCUGCUGAGUAAAUAUCAGAAUGGGACAAUGGAGCGUUAAUGAGCUAAGCCAUUGCCUAAAAAGCAGUAUAAAUGUGAAGACAGGAGAUUAAAACAGCAACACUACGCUAUUUUGGAGAUUGUGCUAUAACAUUAUCUUCAUGGUAUUUUCCAGUUCCAAAAGUAUUUAAUCCACACAGUACGCAGUGAUGGUUUAAACUAUAGAUUUAAGUAAUUUUGAAGUAAAUGCAAGUUUUUAAUAACAGACCAAAUCAACACUAUGCUAAUGUUAGUUAUUUUAAUUCUGGAAAAUUUUGAAGCCAUUAUGAAUUCAUCAUUUUAUGGCUAACUUGUAUUUAUUUAUUUGUUAAGUUAAUAACAGAAAUGUUAACAAGCAAAAAGCAUCAAAGAUUUUAAUUACAACCGAAUAUACAAACAUGUUGCUGUAAUUCUCAAAAUAUACGGUUACAUUUCGAAUCUAUGUUAUUUUAAAAUAUUUUUGUAUCUUAUGUUAGACUUAAUGAACAAUAAAUAUUUAAAUUCU